AAAACCUUGGUUGGCGGUUUACAAUACCGGACUCUGUCGGCCUGCAUUGUUAAAAUGUCACGAUGUGAAUGAACAUUUUAAAAGUGUUGUGAAUCAUAAUGAGGUAAAAAGAAAAGUCUUCGUAAGAGAUGUCAUUCAUUGUAAUCAUGGAAUGAAGAGAUGAGAGGUUUUAUGUGGUGGAGAUUUUACUCUUCUGUCCCUAUCGAAAGGCUUGAAGAUAUACUCUGAGAUACAGUGGACGCAAAUCAUUCUCUUCAUUAUUUUUUGGACAUUCGUGAUUGUUUGUGAUGGAGAUAAGUCGAAAUCUAGUGAUCUCUCCUUAUCUUCCUUACCUAUAUGCGAAGAAAGACGACGAUUCGUUUUAUUGUGCAUGGAUUGAAGACAAGAAAAAUGAAAGCAGUUACAACGUCGUCUUUCCUGAUUAUACAAGAGGUUGUGUCAAUGAAAAGGAUAUCAUUUGGCUCGGUUUCUACAGCUUGCCUUCGCAUCCGUGGCCAAAAUCCCCCACUGAUUUUCCCUUAGGGUUUCCACCGAAGCAACCCGGUGAAAUUAAAAUUGAGAAGGAAGGCGUAGAUAAGAUGUCGUCGACACACGAAGCAGAAUUAUUGAAUUUUUUCGCGAACACUCCUUUAGAACGGCAGAAACAAAUACUGCGCUAUAAUAAUGAGCAGUCGUGUUAUUGUAAGCAUUGUCUUCGCUAUACACAGAACGUGGCCUGUUUUGGCGAGACAGGUGAACAAAAAGGGAAGUUUCAUACGACUCCGACAAGGUCAAGCGUUUUGCGACUGAACAAAAAGGCUUUAUGUGUUGAAACGUCAAAGAAUGGCCACUCGUCAAAUGAAAGGACAGACAGUUGGCCAAACAACAGUGAAAGCAACAAGAGCCCUCCUCUCUCCUCCUCACACAACGUUCGACCAGGUCUUCAACCUACAUGCUUAACAUCCCCCACAACACCUUCAAGUCAACCUCCGCCCUUGUUCUUCUGCAAUCCUUACGAAACAACGGCGCUUGUUGAAAUGAAACCAGAUCAAUUAAAAUGGACAGAUAAAAAGGACAUUGGCGGUGGGAAGAGAAGACGUAGGGAUAAUAUGAAGAAAUGCAGAAAAGUGUAUGGUAUUGACAACAGACACCUUUGGUGUACCCAAUGUAAAUGGAAAAAAGCGUGUACUCGAUUUCAAAUGAGCAAUUUUUCAACUCGGUAUUUGUCGUUGGCGCCGCGAUAAAGAAGAUUCACGCCUUAAAUUGAGUUUAUUUUUAUGUUAAGCCCAAUUGGAGAAAAGAUUGUUAUAUAUUUCUAUUUAUAAAAUUAUUUGUAAAUAUUGUAUAGCAUAGUCUGUAAUUAGCAUCUUAGAGCAGAUCCAGGAUUUCAUUCAGAGAAUGUACAUAAUUUGCCAAAGUCUUGUAAUACCAUAACAUUAUAAUUUACAGCUUUUGAAAUAACUGAGGUCAAGGAGGAAUGCCCGCCCUUUGAGGCUCUGCAUCCCUUAUGGAUCUGUUCAUGAUCUUUCAAAUGUAGUUUAUCGCCAAAUAAAGUUUUUUAGGAGCCUUGCAAGAACUGUACUUCAUUGGUGCUGAUCAUUCUAAUCAGAAUGGAUUUCUAAGCAGCGCGGUGUACACAGUCGAAUGAGUGCAAAUUCAAUUAUGUUUGAUGCUUUUUUGUCAUCGUCCUAAUUGAUUAAAAGAUUAAAAGUGAACUCACUCACUGGCUCAAAUAAUUGUACUCAUUGGAUUAUGGUCAGCGGGUACCCAAUGAAAAAUUAUUAAGGCUUGGUUCAGUGUAGUUCAGUGACUUGGCUGCUUAUGUUAUUUUCAAAUAUGGAGAUUUCAAGUUUGAGAAAACAUUGGUUUUUGAUUGGUAUUGUUUUGUCCAUAAUGGUGGCUAAAUGGAAUCCUUCGCUUGGAGGAAAAGGUGGAUUGCUUAAACCUGAGUAUUCAGUCAAAUACUUUGCAGUUUCGUUGAUAUUUUUCAAUAGCGGGCUUUCUCUCCGCAGUGAAGAAUUGACUAAAGCAAUGACACGUGUUAAGUUACAUUCUUUUGUACAAUGUUUUACAUUGUUAUUUGUGCCAAUAAUCAUUAAUAUACUUGCGUCGAUUUUAAGCCGCACGGCGCUGAAUCAUUGGUUGAUUCAAGGUUUACAAGUUGUAGGCUGUAUGCCUCCUCCAGUAUCUUCAGCAGUUAUCUUGACGAAGGCAGUUGGCGGAAAUGACGCAGCUGCCAUUUUCAACUCUGCAUUUGGAAGUUUUCUUGGAAUUGCAGUUACUCCGUUUCUGUUGUACGUAAUAAUUGGUUCAUCAUCUACAGUACCAUUUUCAAGCGUGUUCAUUCAACUCUCAUUGACAGUUGUUAUACCUCUCAUGAUUGGUCAAUGGUUUCGUAUGUACAUUAAAGAUUGGUUAGAAAAAAAUAAACCUCCUUUUGGAACUAUAAGUAGCUGCACUCUAUUGCUUGUUAUUUAUACCACGUUUUGCGACACCUUCAGUCAAUCUUCAUUGGACAUCGAUGGACAAAGUCUGAUAAAAUUGGCAAUAAUUAUUGUUUUCCUGCAAUUACUUUUGCUCUACCUUACAUUCAAUCUAUCUCAAAUGUCCUAUCUUGAUUUCACACCUGCGGAAACGGUUGCAAUCAUGUUUUGCUCAACACAUAAAUCAUUAACCCUUGGUAUUCCCAUGUUAAAGAUCAUUUAUGCUGGUUAUCCUUUUCUAUCCAUCAUUUCUAUACCGCUGCUCAUGUAUCAUCCUACACAAAUUCUAAUUGGUGGCUUGCUAGUACCAGUAAUCAAAAGUUGGAUGAUUUCUGCCCAAGAAGAACAAAUAUCAAUUGCAUCAAAUGAUGUUGGGAUGCAAUCAAUUUAAAAAAUUAUAUUUUUCAGUAAAUUUUAUGUUGUCAAAUUAAAUUAUACCAUUGUGUUAUUA